GGCUUUGUUUAUACAUCCAUCCCUACAGCCCCUCCAUUUCAACCAACUUCUUCCUUGUUCACUUCACAGCCGGCCUCAACUCCCAAACACCCUACUAGAUCAACCCGAAGACUCGUCGAGGAACCAGCAACAUGCUCAUUGAAGAAUCAUACAAAGAUGUGCCGACCAAGGCGGCAGGAGAGGGUUCAAUGCGAAUCUUCCUCUUCCAUCCCACCAUCCCUGGGUACCCAGGUGCAAAGUUUCCUGGUGUUGUUGUGUUCUCGGAAAUCUACCAAGUGACCGGCCCCGUCUCCCGCUUCGCCCGCCAAAUCGCCGGCCAAGGCUACAUCGUCGCGGCACCGUCGUCGUACCACGAAUUCACCGGGCCCGAGCCGCUCGCCUACGACGGUCCCGGCACCGAUGCGGGGAACGAGUGGAAAAUCACCAAGAAGGUCGCCGCGUACGACGAGGACGCAGGGCUGGCUGUCUCGCUGUUGCUGGGCCUGAAGACGUGCAACGGCAAGAUCGGCGCCACGGGCAUGUGUCUCGGUGGCCACCUCGCGUAUCGGUGCGCCUUGGACCAGAGAGUCAAAGCCGCCCUGUGCUUCUUCGCCACGGAUAUCCACAGCCACAGCCUCGGGGAGGGGAAGAACGACGACUCCCUGAAGAGGGCGGGCGACAUCAAAGGGGAGCUGGUCAUGAUCUUCGGCAAGAGCGACAACCACGUCCCGCCCGAGGGCCGGGAUUUGAUCAGAAAGACGCUGCACGAGAAGGGCGUCGAGUUUUCGUUCUACGAGGUGUGCGGGGCGCAGCAUGCUUUUGUCCGGGACGAGUUGAGCAAGGGCAGGUACGAUCCGGCCAUCACCAAGGUGUGCUUCGAGAUGCUCCUCGAGCUCUUUGGGCGGAAGCUGAAGAUCGACCUGGGCGAACCCAGCGGCGAGAAGCUGGUCAUUGAAGACGUAUGUUGAAAAAAUAGAGUCAAAAGCACGACGAACCCACCCCCUUAUAGAGGCGGCUGAAGAAUAAACAAUUGCAUUCAUUCCCUUAUACCAGA